AGUGUGCGUUGUAACGUUUUCCCGGCUUCAAGCUGAGGCCGGCCUCGACAUGCUGGUGUCUCGGCUGACGGCUUCCCUCGUGAGGACAUCGCGCUGUGCAGGGUGCUUUCUUUUGAGACCAUCUGUUGUCCUCCCACCUCCUAGAGCAACUGUUGUGGCAAGUUACAGCACACAUCCGUCAAGCAAAAAUGGAACCCGGCCUCAUCAGUGGUUUACAUUUGACCCUGAACUGGAAGAAAUGCUGGUGCCUCGCAAGAUGUCCAUCUCACCUCUGGAAAGCUGGCUGACAGUUCAGUAUUUCCUCCCUAAAAAUGGAGGCAUCAUAAACGUUCAUGAGAGGAACGCUCCCCGGCCGUUUCAACAGUACGAUCUCCCUGCUCCUUCCAGGGGCACCGAGGCAGAGGAAGAAGAAGAGGCAGAGCAAAAAGGGGAGAGGAACCUGCCCAGAAUGGAAUGCAGAAACAUUUUGAAGAUCCGGCGGAGGAAGAUGAAUAGGCACAAGUACAAGAAGCUGAUGAAACGUACAAAAUUUUUACGGAGAAAAGUCUUGGAAAGACGGAUGUGGCAGAAACAGAAAAAGUUUGAAUAUGAACUGAAAAGGAUGUGGAAAAAAGCCGGCUUAAAAAAAACCCCAGAGGGAUGGGUAACCCCGAAGAUUUAUCUCAGAAAUGUGAAAUCCUGAUAACUGCUUUGAGUAGAAAUGUCUUUAAUUAAAAACAUUAUUUAAAAGGCAAAAGUAAUUGUAAAAAUUCUGCCAUGAUUUUUAGAAAAGGUACAGAGGGAAAUACAGGAAUGGCUUGCCUUGUGCGUGCCAGUUCUUAAUUCUUUAUGCCAUCAGGAAAUACCAAGUAUCAAAUUAUUUUUCCUCAAACGCUUUGGGAAUGAGAGAAAAUAACUAGGUCUCUCCCAGACAAUAACCUGCAGUGACACCAUAAUAAUGCAAGAAAAAGAGUGUUUCAGUGCUUCUUAAAACUGAUUUUUCUGCUUCCAGCUGGUCUUUCUUGAAUUAAAACC